UGAAUCCUUCUCUCUCCCGCUGUUUCAAAGCAACAGCAGUUUACGAGGACUGUGCUGGCCUUUUUGAACCUAUCCAAAGGCUCCGCGCUUUAUUUAAAGAGCUUCCGAGUGCUCUCUGCAACUGAUCCCUUCGCAACCCUACCCAGAAAAAUUUGCGAGAACGCUCAAUAUGAUGUCCACAGCGAGUACCCAAGUGCUCUUUGAGCGCUAUGAGCAAGUGAAAACUAUAGAACACACCAAAAAUCAAUUAAUAGAGGAUCUCCUCCAACGUGUAAGCGAGUUAGAGGAAGCCUACCAACAAGAGAAGCUGGACCAUCAGCGGGAAACUCGUUUCAACCGUGAUAUACAGAUCCAUGAGAUGGAAUUGAUGGACCAGAUAACUAGAAUCAAAACCAUUAUGGACCGUGAAGCCUUUGUCAUUGCGUUCCUUGAUGGAGAUGGCAUGAUUUUCCAAGAUUAUCUCCUUCAGCAAGGAGAACAAGGCGGGAGAGAUGCUGCAAACCAGUUAUGGGCUUGCCUCCGCGAUUAUGUUACCCGAAACCUUCCAUCGAUCUCGUCACCAAAGAUAAUCACGAGAAUAUUCGCCAAUGUGCAGGGACUUGCUGAGACAUGUGUCAAGGCAGGGAUUAUUGAAAAGGCUUCUGUGUUCCAGGAUUUUGUGCGUGGAUUCAACGGCAGCAGACUCCUUUUCGACUUUGUCGAUGUUGGAACUGGCAAGGAUAGGGCAGACGAUAAGCUUGCAGAGAAUUUUAAGCUUCAUUUAUACAAUUGCCACUGCCACCAGAUCUUCCUGGGUUGCUCGCACGAUAACGGAUAUGCACGGCUACUAGAGGAAACGUUGGCAGACAGGGAGCUUACCGGACGUAUAUCGCUCAUUGAAGGAGCUCCGUUCGAGAGGGAACUAGAAUCCAUCAAGUCUUCUUACAGAGUGACCAAAUUCGCCGACUUAUUCAGAACCUCUAAGAUAGUCACACAUGCGACGAAUUUGAAAGGCACAACAUUGUCCGCUCCACUGGCGGUCCGCUCGCCUAAUCCACCAGCAACGACACUCACACGGACAUCUACGAACACCACGUCUUCCAGCGCUACUGCUACAACUUCCUGGGCUUCCAUCUCUGCUACACCUGGAGAUGUCAAGAUUUCCGCUUCCAAACCAUCUACUCCAGUGCCGACAGUCGAAAGAAAUAAAUAUGGCCAGCGAAUCGACCGUCUAGAUUUGAAAAACAUUCCCAAAGAGGAAUUGAACCGUGUCAAAAAGAUGAAGCUGUGCAACGUCCAUUUUCUCCUGGGCGAAUGCCCGAAUGAUGAGAAUUGUUACCACGAUCAUACUCACAAGUUGACCAAGAGUGAACGGGUCAUCCUACAGGCUAUUGCUCGUAUGACCCCUUGUCAUUAUGGACCGGAUUGUGAUGACCCAAAAUGCAUCUACGGCCAUCGUUGCCCGCAAAGCGAAGUAGGCAAGAAGGAGUGCUUUUGGGGCUCUAACUGUCGUUUUGACACUUCGGCACAUGGAAUUGACACCCAAGUUGUCCGUGUCACGAAGGUCUGAACUACGGCGCUUACUGGUACUUGGACCGAGAGCGCCAAUAAUUUCUGUGCACCACAACCUGUUUGGAUUUUUGCCUUUCUCAAAAUUAUUACACGAUAUCGGCUGUCUCCUGAAAAAAAUGUAUAAACAAUAAUUGGGAGACGGAGCAGACCUGUCUGCAAGUUCAUACUUCUCACUCCAUACUGGCAUGGGAGGCAUGUUAUGCACAACUCUGGAAUGCAACAUAUGGCGUAGCUACCAUCAAAGACCCAUCCUACAUAUCGUUUACAAUAUCGUUUACAUGAGUCUGUUUUUGCCCUCUGCUCUGAGCGAAGUACAUAACAUAUUUGUAUAUUUGUGUCGUUUUUAGGUCUACACACCGGGUACUCAGCACAGAAGCAUCUUGGUAGAUUCUUAUCUUUGAGAAUGUUUGUUUAAUAUGCAGUAACCAUAACAUAGGAUUAUCAAAUAUAG